UGUGUGUGUGUGUGUGUGUGUGUGAUAGAGAGAGAGAGAGAGAGAGAGAGAGUGGCCCUUGACAAUGAGAGUGUGUUUUUAUUGUGUGUGGAUAUGUAUGAGGCAAUGGAUGUAAAGAUGAUACAGAGCAAAACAUGAAGGUAUUUGCAUGUAUACACAUUUAUAGAGAACGAAAGAGAGAUAGAAAGAGGCACAGAAGAAGAAAAUGACUGUCGUCCAGUAACACAAGUUCUUAUUACUGGGAUUGUGAGCUUUAAUCUGAUCAGACAUGCUGGACUUACCCUGGACACACUGACAGGAGGAACACUCUAGAAACCAUGGCAGGUGUGGUCUUUGCAUUAUCCAGUCUGUUAUUAUUCCAGACAGUCUCCUCUUGCCCCAAGGAGUGCUCGUGUGACACUCAUGCCAAAGUGGUGGAUUGCCGAGGACGAGGAUUAUAUGAUAUUCCACAUAAACUUCAUCAAGACACCCUGGAGCUAUAUCUUCAAAAUAACCGUCUGCGAGGCCUGGGCUCCAUGUCCUUUCGAGAGACACCACAACUUCAAAUUCUGGACCUAGCAAACAAUUCAAUCACAACGCUUUCCCCUAGUGCCCUUUUGGGACUUAGAAGCUUAAAGGUCCUCAGCCUGGCCAAUAACUCUAUUCGGGAAGUUGAUCGACGCCUUCUGGUUUCAAUAAGAAAUCUAACCAUAUUGGACUUGUCCUUUAACACCAUAGGUGGUCUACCUGGAGCUCUUGCCGAUAGUUUCCACUCUCUGACCCAUCUGUCACUCCACUACAAUCGGCUAACUAAGGUGGACCGUAUACACCUUGAGGCUCUUGGGAAUCUUAAAGUUCUGCAGCUGAAGGGCAAUCCUUGGAGAUGUGACUGUCAUCUGAUAGGACUCAAACUAUGGUUGGAGACAUUUGCCUUCAAAGGUGGAGUGGUCGACAGCGUCACAUGCGUCCAGCCUCAUCUCAUGCUGGAGCGGGACCUCCGGCACAUUCCCUACGAGCUUUUCCACUCCUGCAUGAUCACCAGCUACAGCUACCUGUUCGCCAACAUCCACUACCUGGACAACAAGCAUCGCAUGCUCAGCGGACAGCUCCAUCCAAGCCCCAGAGCACCAUCCGGGAGUGAUUUCAGCCCCCCAGGAGAAGCGAUACUACCUGAGUGUGAGGCCAAGCAGAGAUCCCGGCCUGCGAACUACAGACGUGCCAUAGCCACAGUGGUCAUCACGGGAGUGGUUUGUGGAAUUGUGUGUUUGAUGAUGUUGGCAGCAGCUGUCUACGGAUGUGCGUAUGCAGCAAUUAAUGCCAAGUAUCAAAGGGAGCUGAAGAAGAAAGCGAAAGAGGCGGGUUCAGGAGAGGAGCGGAAAAACAUUGAAAGAGAGGAGGACAAGGAACCUCUGGAGUGACCUGAAGAUCAGCAUCACAUGAUGCACAUGAAGCACAAAUAAACAUCAGGGUUACACUCCAGAUUAUCCACAUACUGUUGUGUAUCUACAAAGUUACUUUCAAGGCAAGUCAGUGUACUUGGCAGCCAUAUUGGCAAUGCCCCUAGGGCAGCUAUUUUCUAAUUAUGCAGAUACAGCUCCAAAACAAUUAUUAUUAUUAUUAUUAUAGCUUAAAUUAGGCUAGAAAAAAAAAUAUAUAUAUUGUUCAGGCUGGUCAAACAAAUGCACAUGCAUGGUCUAGACUAAAACAACAGCCAAUAAUUUUGGCAAAAAGGCAGUUGGCUCUUUGCCAGUCAAAACAAACAGUCAUUCUGUUUUAUAGGAUAAGUUCGUAGAUUUUCAACCAGUUUUGUAUUAGUAGUAUAUGUAAAUUAGCAACGUGUACUCUUUCUCCAUGUUACCUGAGCCUAGUGUAUUAUGGGUGCUGAAGUAUCCCUACCUUUUUGCUGAAAGGGAACGCCAUAGCCCUUUUUCUCUGUUUUCUCUAGUCAUGUAGCAAAAAAACAAAUUUACCAAAAAAACUCCUUCCUACUGCAUAAACAGCCAAGUUUUAUUAAAAGCUCAUUAAUCAAUAUCAAUAGCUCAUCCCUUUAAUUGUCCAACACAAUGCCGCCAAAUUGUAGACAACUCACAGUUUAUGGCCUACUACAGAUUUCAAACUUAUCUGUCACACUAUCUCAUCCAUAUUUUCCAGUUAUUUUUACAUUAUUUUAUUUUAUGUGUUUUGUUUAGUUUUUUCUGUACUGUGCAAAUCUUUGUGAAAUCAUUGGAAAAAAUGAGGAGGAGAAUGAUUGUGUAGUUGAGGCACAAAGUUCCUGAUUAGUACUGCAAAUGCCCACCAAAAAAAAAAGAAACAUCUUUAAUUGUGUGCAGCGUGACAAGCUUUCAGGUUUCAGGUGUACCCUUGAAUCAAUUGAACACGGCAAUUGUACCUAUUAAUUUUUCUAUAUGUGGUAUGUCUCUGCUCCCUUGUACAGUCUCUGGUAACUAUUGUAACUUUUAAAAUGACAAGACUAAAAACUGAGGGGAGACUUCCCUACUGCUGUUUACACUAUUGCAGCUCUAUGGAUAAAGCAACAUCAAUUCAUAUUGAGCUUUAGUUAGGCCAAAGAUUUAUGGGAACAUAUCAAACGUAUGUGUUUUAAUCUAUCCUGUUUCACCUGUUUCCCCUUGUUAAACAGGGGGGAAAAGUUAUGUUAAUGUCUGAUGCUAAUACAAUUAUUGUGCUUCCGCUCGUGACACAGAAAUUACACAAUCACACAGAAUUUACACACAGCCGGUAACAAGCAAUAUUUACAUACUGACAAACUAUACCUUUUUGAAGGGUUUUAUUUACAGUCUAUUGCAUAAUUUAAGAUCAUAAAAUAUAAUAAAUUAUGAUGAAAGGAAGAUUUCUAUCACUCCAUAAUUAGGUCAUGUAGACAGAUCCUUAUAUCAGUGUGCUCUAUUAUAUAAGCAUCCAUAUGAAUAUACAGAAUCUGUUUGUAUACAGAUACAAACAAUGGAUUAAGAGAUUCGGAGCUCUUGAGAAAUGAGAUGACAAGAAGGAAAUUGUGAUACAGAUGUCUUAUGAUGGAGUAUACGAGAUUAUGUAAACGUGCAUACGAAGGGUUCAUCUGUCAGAAAUGAUCUAUGUAUGUUAUGUAACAUCAGAGCACAAAACUAAGCAAUAUAUUGUACAUUGGUAAAGUUUACAUGUCCUGUGAUGUACAACAUGCUAUACAUGCUAAAAAUCUCAAAUCAUUUUAAAUGACUGUGUUAAUUCUUUUUUUGUCUUUAAGAUAAAAGUGUUUUAGAAAGUACACUGAAUAUUCAUACUAUUAAAAAUACAUCCGUCACACUAGAAGAGCAUUUGAAAUAAACUAUAGGGAAACGUGGCACAUUCAUACACACUGGAACAAUUUAAUUUAAUUUAAAUGUAAUGCUAUGGCUGUCAUCAAGCACAAAUCAUAUUCAAGUUGUGAUUAUAGGAAGAAAUCCUGUAAACUGGCCUUUAAAACACAUCAAGGACACACAUGCCCCGGUUACACAAGAGAGUUCUGUCAUCAGCAUGUCAGGCUGCAUUAGUGUGUGCUGCAAUGCGCUUGUGAAACUGAGCAGUAUCACAUCUGAAGCAGUGUAUGAACAUUAUUUUUAAUAUAUAUAUAUAUAAUUAUUCUUUUCAAAUCAGAUCAACCAACACUCAUUGAGCCAGAAAGCUCAAUUUGUCAUAUAUCUGUGGUAUAUGUGUACGUGCUUGUAUUAAAAAUAUUGUUAAAUAUGUUCAUUAGUGAUUAGCAUUAAAGCAUAAAAAUGAAAGAUGUAAAAGAUACAUCACAUUUAAAAUAUAUAAAAUAAACAACAUGAAAUACUGUAUAGAACUUGAUUUUAGUUGUGUGUAUGUCCACUCCAGCAAAACAAUGAAUCAUAUGCAGUAGA